AUGUCCCUCAACGCAACAUCCUAUCCUAUCGACAUCGACGAGAUGCAUGUACCGAGUGCGGAAACUAUAGCCAAGCGGCGUGCCGCCCGUCGCGAAAUGGCCAGAAUAGCCGAAAUUAGGCGUCGUCUCGAAUCCGCCAAGAUUGUUUCUUACGCCGAUGCCAGUCCUGAGGAGGAUUUCAGCAUGGACAUGCUCUUCCAGUUCGAUUACACGGCCUCGUCUGAGGGUUCUGUGAGAGGUAGGACCAAAGUUCCUUUCGCGAAAAAGAUUAAGGGGAAAUACAAGAAGAACAAGAGCAAUAAGAAGGCUGGGAAACUUACCCGUGUUGAAGAUGAAGAGAGGGAUGGAUUUGUUAUUGUCAACAGUUUUGAUUACAUUGGGACUGAGAACCACGGUCAGCCUUCUGGAAAGAGCAUUGAGACGAGAACCUAUGCCCUUGGCCUCAUGAGACUCCGCACCUUAAGACUAACCAAGCUCUCCAACCAGAGUACUCAAUUUUCAGCCAGAAAGCACAUCCGACUACCUUCAGACCGUGACAAUAGGAGGCCAUGGGAUGCAUUCAGGGUGAUACGAGGGGUGCUCGGGUUCGGCUGGGACUAG